AUGGUCGACGGUGGUGGAUUGCCCUUCGCCCUCGGUGGUCUCCUCAUCACAUCGUCGGAGGACGGCGGCGUCCACAUUCGUGUCGCGCAGCACGCCGUCGCCUCCGACAGCCUCUCCCACUCCGAGUUCACGCUGCCGCCUCCGGCAGCUGGCUGGCGCUUUGAGGCGGCGGCGACGGUGCUGCACCACGGCUUCGGGCUCAGGCUUCCCACGCUGUGCUUUCGGGCCGAGGGUCCCUGCCGCCGGUACGGCGUCGCGAUCCUCGACGUACGGGCGCGCCGGCUCGUCAACUUUCGAGAGACUGCGCCGUGGGCGGAGGCGGCGGCGUCUCCGAGCGUCGUCGGGCGUGGAGCCGCCGCCGCCGCGAGCGGCCCUCCGUCGCCAGAGCGAGAGGAGAGCCUCCUCCUCCUCGAUGGACCCAUCCUCUGUGUCGCGGUCUGCGGCGGCGGCGGCGGCGGCGGCGGCGGUCCUGGCGGCGGCGAUGGCGGUCCUGUCGGUGGCGAUGGCGGCGGAGGCGGCGACGCAACAGGAGACUGCAACGGCCACGGUCACGGCCACGGCGAUGGCCCCUCUCCCCCCUCCUCCUUCGGCUCUCUGUCGUGGCUGCCGGCCUGCGGCGUCGUCGCGCCCGGGUCGGGGAGCGGAGGGGCGGCGGCUGGGCUCGAGCCACUCUCGCUCACGUGCGCCGCCGACGAGUCUCUAGCCGUGCGGUGCGCGGGUGCUGCCGCGGGAGGAGAGCCGGGCGCGAUCGUCCUCGGCGCAUCGGGCGGCCUGGUGUGCCGUCUUGCCGGCGCCGACGCGUUCGCUGCCGACGAUGUGCUUCGGUGCGGACAUGCGCAGCUGGUGGCGUGGGGGCUGGCCGGCGGCGGCUGCGGCUGCGUGCUCGUGAGCGCGGCGCGCUGCUGGGUCGAGGCGUCGGACCACGCGCCCCGGGUGGAGGCCGAUCCGUCGGCGGCGGGCCGUUGGCAGCACACCGACGCCAUCGCCGCGGCUCUCGCCGGGCGCGCGGACGCGGGCCGAGCAGCGGUUGAGGCUGCCCUGGCGACGCAGCGGGCGCACGGGCUGCUGUACGCGCACGCGCUGCGCCGGAUCGCCUCCGCCACAGAUCGGCGAAGCGGCGAGGCGAGGGGAGGGAGGGGGGGAGGGGGCGCCGCGGCGGCGGAGGAGGAGGAGGAGCACGCCGACAUUGCCGCCGCUAUCGACACCGCUGACGCCUCCCCCUCCCCUCUCCUCUCGGAGUGGGCGGCGGCGGAGAGGCUGUCAGCCGUGGGCGAGGCGGAGGCGCCGCCCCCGCCGCCCCGUGCCACCGCCGCCGCGGCCGCCGC